AUGGCCUCCUCCACUCCUGCAGAACGGCUGGCCAACGAAGCAGCAUCCGAGGGCUCAGAAGUUAUUAUCCAAAAAGAAGUCAAGCAAACAUGGGUGAGCUACCUGUGGGAUACGUUCGACAAGAGCCCUGAAGAGCGGCGAUUGCUGUUCAAGCUGGACACGGCGAUUCUCACCUUCGCUUCCUUGGAUCAAGUAAAUGUCAGCAAUGCCUUCGUAUCGGGAAUGAAAGAAGAUCUCGGCCUUUAUGAGAAUCAGCUUAAUUAUAUGCAAACAUGUUGGACAAUUGGAUACGUCAUUGGAGAGAUUCCGAGCAAUAUCUUCCUGACCCGCGUGCGGCCUCGAUAUUGGAUUCCAGCGAUGGAGGUCAUCUGGUCCGUCCUGACCUUUUCCCUCUCGAGAUGUAAUACCGCAGCACAAUUCUACAUUCUUCGAUUCUUUAUCGCUGUUGCGGGAUUCUUUGUUUUGCCGGAUGUCCCUGAGAUCGCGAAUCCAUGGUAUUUGUCGAAGACGGUAAGAUUCUACAGCCAGUUGUCUGAUAAGGGUCUUGUGCUGAAUGAUUGGUUGUACCAAGGAGGUCGCCCUCGCUCAGAAACGCAUGGAGUUCGAAGGCAGAAAGCCUCGAGGGCCGUACACCGUGGCAAAACUCAAGAAGAUCUUUUCCUCGUGGCAUAUCUAUCUCCUGACGCUGUUAUAUGUGUAUGCACCUGCGGCAAAAGAACGUGCUUCAACAAUGGUGCAGCUGGCUCACAGCCGGUGUUUCAACAGUAUCUCAAAGAUUCCACCAAUCCUAAAUACUCUGUUGGCCAGAUUAAUACCUAUCCGACAUUGACGUCGGUAGUUCAAAUCGUCACAACUCUGGCUUAUGCUUGGCUUUCGGAUACUGUACUUGGAGGACGGCGCUGGCCGCCUCUUGUGUUUGGAGGUGUUAUGAACAUAAUAUGCUACGUCUCUCUCGCUGUGUGGGAUAUCCCCGUCGGUUGGAAAUGGACCUGUUUCAUCCUCGCUGGUGCAGGCUAUGGACUCAGUGGGCUGAUCAUGGCUUGGUCCCACGAAAUCUGCGCCGACGACAACGAAGAACGCGCCAUUACCGUCGGCUCGAUGAAUGAGAUCGCCUACGUCUUCCAAGCCUGGCUGCCUCUGAUCGUGUGGCAGCAGAUCGACGCGCCGCAAUACCGAAAAGGCUACAUCACGGUGACAUGCCUAUCUGUGCUGCUCAUCAUCACGGCUUUUGUUGUUCGCUACCUGGAUAAUCGAGAGAAGGCGCAGAAAUAUCGGCUACAGCAAGCACAGGAAGAGGGAGAUACCGAAGCUUUGACGAACACGCCUUCAUUGGAAGUUACGCCUGUCAAUGCCGAAACCAACAAGAGCUGA